AUGAAGAACCAUUCAAUGCAGACACAGUUUAUUCUUUUGGGUCUGACAGACAACCCAAAGUUGCAGGUUGUAAUUUUCCUCUUUCUAUUUUUUGGUUACAUUUUUAGUGUGACAGGAAACUUAACCAUCAUCAUUCUAACUUUGCUUGAUCCCCACCUUAAGCCCCCAAUGUAUUGCUUCCUACAGAAUUUCUCAUUUUUAGAACUUUCAUUUACAAGUAUUUCAAGAUUCCUGGUAAGCCUAGUGAAUAAGGGCAGAACUAUUUCCUAUAGGAGUUGUAUGACUGAGCUAUUUUUGUUGUAUCUUUUUGGGGUAACUGUAUUUUACCUUCUUGCAGCUAUGUCUUAUGGCCGUUACGUGGCUUUAUGUAAACCUCUGCAUUACACCACCAUCAUGAGUAACAGAGUUUGCUACCAACUUGUACUCAGCUCUUGGGGAUCUGGAUUCCUGAUUAUCUUUCCUGUAAUUAUCUUGGUAGUCAAGUUGGAAUUCUGUGCUCCUAAUGUCAUUGAUCAUUUUAUUUGUGAUUGUUCUCCCAUACUGCUGAUGUCUUGUUCAGAUACACAUUUCAUAGAGCUAACGUAUUUCUUCUUUGCUGCGGUGACACUAAUGGUCACCCUGAUGCUGGUGGUUCUUUCCUAUGGCUACAACAUCCAGACAAUUUGCAAAUUCCCUUCUGCUCAGCAAAAGAAAAAAACAGCCUUUCCUACCUGUUCUUCCCACAUGACUGUAGUUUCCAUCUCUUAUGGUAGCUGUAUAUUCAUGUAUAUCAAACUAUCAGCAAAUGAUAGAGUGACUUUAAGCAAAGGAAUAGCUCUACUCAAUACGUCAGUUGCCCCCUUAUCGAAUCCCUUCAUUUAUACCCUAAGGAACCAGCAAGUGAAACAUGCCUUUAAGGAAAUGGUCCAGAAAGUUUUAUUUGCUUCAAACCAUGAGAAAAUACUAAAAAGCAUGAAGGAAAAAAUGCCUUUUUUCUCUUGGUUUACUUUGUCUGUCACAGUACAAGGUCUCAGGUUAUAUUAG